UUCAUGUGCAGAAAACAACAACAGUGGCGGAGGAUCGAAGCAGCGACGACGACGCGAGGAUGAGCGCAUGACGCCCCCAGCCUCUAGCCGCCGUCACCGCACCGACAGCUCCAGCGAAUCUCCGGGGGGAGGAUGAAGCGGCGCAAUGCGGACUGCAGCAAACUCCGACGGCCGUUGAAACGGAACCGAAUCACGGAGGGUAUAUAUAGCAGCACCUUCCUGUACCUGAAGUUCCUCGUGGUGUGGGUGCUGGUUCUGCUGGCCGACUUUGUGCUGGAGUUCAGGUUCGAGUACCUGUGGCCCUUCUGGCUUUUCAUUCGCAGCGUCUACGACUCCUUCAGAUAUCAGGGACUGGCGUUCUCUGUCUUCUUCGUAUGUGUGGCGUUCACAUCGGACAUCAUCUGCCUCCUUUUCAUCCCCGUCCAAUGGUUGUUUUUUGCCGCCAGCACCUACGUAUGGGUCCAGUAUGUCUGGCACACGGAGCGAGGAGUCUGUCUACCCACUGUAUCGCUGUGGAUUCUGUUUGUGUACAUCGAAGCUGCCAUACGUUUCAAAGAUCUGAAGAACUUUCAUGUAGACCUGUGUAGACCCUUUGCUGCGCACUGUAUCGGCUAUCCAGUGGUGACGCUGGGCUUCGGGUUUAAGAGCUACGUUAGCUACAAGAUGCGACUGAGGAAACAGAAGGAGGUGCAAAAGGAGAACGAGUUCUACAUGCAGCUUCUACAACAGGCUUUGCCUUUAGAGCAACAGAUGCUGCAGAGACAAGAGAGGGAGGCAGAGGAGGCUGCUUUAGCUAAAGGGAUCUCAGAGGUGGAACCUCCAGUAAUAUCCCAAAACGGAGCUCCACCUGGAAAGAAGAGCACAUCAGUCGCGUUACCAGAACUGGAGUACCGGGAAAAAGGGAAGGACAGUACUGCCAAAGAGCGCGAGGGCAAAAAACCAAACUCCGUUGGAGUCAAUAACAACAGUAUUAUACACACACUGGACUCCAAACUACAGGAGACAGAGUAUAUUGAGAACUGCGUCGGGGCAAAGAGACUAAAUAACGACCUGGCCGGAGAAAACACCCACGCGGACACUAACGCACACACUACUUCGAAGGAGGAAAUGAGUGGUGCGGGAAAGAACUAUAAAAAUGCCAGUGGAGCUGUGGGCAGCAUUUCCAAUUCAUCUCCACGGAAUCACAGCUCCACCAAUGGCAGCGUGCCGCAAGGCUCAUCGACAAGUAAGAACGAGAAGAAGCAGAAAGGGGCUGGGAAGGGUCAGAAGGAUCCGGUGGAGAAUUGCAUUCCCAACAACCAGCUGGGCAAGCCAGAUGCUUUAGUACGGUUGGAGCAGGAUGUAAAGCGACUGAAGGCAGAUCUCCAGGCCAACAGGCAGCUGGAGUCCGAUCUGCGGAGUCAGCUUUCCUCUAUGAGCAGCCAGGACCGCAGCCUUCGUUCUGAACUGGGCCAGAUCCGCCAGGACAAUGAGCUGCUUCAGAACAAGCUCCACAGCGCCGUCCAGGCCAAGCAGAAAGAUAAGCAGACCAUCUCCCAGCUGGAGAAGAGGCUCAAGGUUGAGCAGGAGGCUCGGGCCCUGGCUGAGAAACAGCUGGCCGAGGAGAGGAAGAGGAAGAAGAUGGAGGAGGCCACGACUGCCAGAGCUGUAGCAUUAGCUACUGCCACUAGAGUGGAGUCUAAUGACUCUCUUCGCGCUCGUAUCAGAGAGCUAGAAACCGAGUAUAAGAAGUUAAGCUUGGACAUGAAACUUAAGGAGGAGCAGAUUAGGGACCUGGAGGGCAAGUGUCAGGAGCUGAGGAAGUACAAAGAGAAUGAGAAGGACACAGAGGUGUUGAUGUCAGCACUGUCAGCCAUGCAGGACAAGACCCAGCACCUGGAGAACAGCCUCAGUGCUGAGACCAGGAUCAAACUGGACCUCUUCUCUGCACUGGGAGAUGCCAAGAGGCAGCUGGAGAUAGCACAAGGCCAGAACCACCAGAGGGAGCAGGAGAUCGCAGAGCUGAAGCAGAAGAUAGCCGAGGUGAUGGCGGUGAUGCCGAGCCUGUCUUACUCGUCGGACAGCAGCAAUCUCAGCCCCGUCGCCCCGCACUACUCUUCCAAGUUCAUGGACAAUAGUCCCUCCUCCCUGGACCCCAACGCCUCAGUCUACCAGCCCCUCAAAAAGUGACUCUGACGUCCACACUUUGUGUCAGACAGAACUUUUUCUCUUUCUUUAUUUCAGUGACGUUUUCAGUUCUGGCUUUUUGUUUUUCAGUUUACCAGCCCCUCACACACACAUACACAUUCACAUUCACAUUCACACGCACACACACAAACACAAUGCACACAGCCCCUCUAUAUAUGUGUACUUGGGUUAGAUUUUGGUUCUAUUGUGAGAACUAUUAUUUGUAGGGGGUUGUGUACAAUCAGACUCUUUUUGUUUUUACUAUUGAGUUUUGGGAUUUAGCCAUUAGACGGCAUUAUCUGUUUAAAGGGGGAGGAAGGAACAUGCAAUUUGUUGGCCAAACUUUUACUUAAGAGCCAUCAUGCAUCACGUCAUGUCAGUCUUCUUUUGCUGUACAGUAUGAAUCCCCCCCCACAGCCAUACUCACUUCUAUAGUGAACUCACUCCCAGACCUUUUUAUUUGAAAAUAACAAUUGGCCUCCAUGAUCGUUUAUAUAAAGACAGAAGACGUGUUUAGAUGUGUAAAGUAAAGCCAGGUGUGAGAUACAUGAAUGUAAAACUAUUCAUGUUUUGAUAUUGCCAUCUACUCAAAUCAGUGAUUGUUUGUUUUGUAACGUUUCAGUUCAGUUACACCGAUGUACAUUUCCUAGAAGAUAGUGAUAUUGAGCAGGUACACGUUUGCUAUAUUCUUCAUAAAUUCCAGUACAAUUUUGCCCCUUAAUGCUGGAAUAUAGUAGAUUCUCCAGGAUUAUUAGUAAGUGGAUGAAGCAGAUUCCGUUUUGUCCGAAAAUAAAAUAAAAAUGCUGUUAGAUUCGAACCUGGCACUGCCAAAAGCGUUCACCUGUUUGCUGCCGAAACCUUUCCUCUCCCUCUGGACCAAAUUAGAACCCGUUACGCCAUAUUGUCCACUGGAUUUAAUGAUGUCAAGGUAACCAGUCGUUACCAUUAUUUGCAGAUCUUACAGUGCCUUUCAGUUUCUCUUUUUCAGACGCAGAAACCACAUACCUGGGAUCUAAAAGCAUCAGACUUCAAAACCGUCCCUUUCUCUCUAUAGCUGUGAAUCCUCUGAUUUCUCACAAUCCAAAAAUUUUAAUUCAGUGUUCAAAAGUUAAACCAAUGAAGUGUCACCUCAGAGACGUUCGAUCCCUUUGAGCUCAUUGAUCUUCGCAAACUUAAAAGGGAAGACCUUACUUUGGACAAGGUGCAUGUCAUUUCACAGUGACACAGUAUUGGUAUGCCAGACACCAGCCAAACCGAUUGUCUAUUAUCAUGCCCUAGUCUCGGCAUUUAGCUGUUUACAAAAAUGUACAUUAAGAUAUUGAGGAAUGUUUAUUUGUUUGUUUCUUUUCCGUUCUUAAGUGCCAAGUGUUGAUGUUCGGUUUUCAUCCAUACUUUGAUCGAUGUAGCUAGCAUAAGGUUUGCAGAAGAGUGCUGUCAUUUUGUUUUGUUGUCAUUAGAACAUAUCGGGGUGGUGUUGUGUUUACAUGGUGCUGGGCUAAUCUUGAUGACGCAGCAGAUGGUCAGUCGGACCGAUUGUGUUAUUCACUCGUUUAUUUAUUUGUUCCAGACCUUUAAUUGAGAGGCACCACUUUGAUAUCUCCCAUCAUGUUCAGUUGAUUUCCCAAACGUCCACCAGGAAAGAUUCAGUGAAUGUGUUGUGUUGGGGGAACGGUUACCCCUGAACCGUUUGACCAUGUUGUGCUGUCAUGUUUCCUACCUGGGGGAGAAAAAAAAAAGUAUUUUUUUGUGGAUUGCUCUGGCGUUGUGACUUCAGUUCUCGAGUUGCUUUUACAAGUUUGUGUAGAAGGAGGAAAAGGCUGAAAACAAGUGCUUUGUUUUAUUUCAUCUUUGUUCCACCAUGCUUAUUUUCUUAAAGUGAAGGUGGCUAUGUCAUCCUCCUCACUUUGACCAUCACUAUUAAAGAAAGUCUUGCUGGUGGCAAUGCAAGCCGUUAA